AUGGCCACUUCCCUUAGGGAAAGAAGAUACGUACCUUCGUUUAUGUUGAAUCUCCGAAUCAAGAGUUGGAAGAAGUUUUGUAUACGGAUAUCGUAUGUUUUGUGGAUAUUCAUUGUUUUUUAUCUCUUCUAUAGGAAGUUUGAUAGCCCAUCCACAUCGCUGACACCCCUUCAGUUGGAAAACAACAUCAAAGAGCAGCAACAACUCCAGAAGGAGAACCCCGAGACGAGCCCUGGCUUCACUAUCGAUGCGGCCAACAAGUUGUUUACUCCGUACAUGGAGAGUUUGUUACCUCCGGCGCAUGAUUUGUUCUCCAAAAGUUUGGUUAUUCAUGCGGACAACUACAACUCCCUUGUGAAUACCUUCGGGUUCGCCAAAAUCUUGAAGGAGACCAGCUUCAGUGAGAGAUGUGACUUGUACUUCAAGAACUUGUACAUGGAAGAUCCCAGUUGGAAAGUUGACCCUGGACACGAUUAUGCAUUCAACAGAGGAGGUUGGGACUCCCCUGAGAAGUACAUGGGUAAUAAGCUCCAUGAAUACAAAGAAGAGCAAAGAAAAGAGUUGGGGCUCGCCUCCGAUGCCAAGAUUGAAGUUCCUCCAGAAGUAGUGGAAGCAAUCAAACAGGCGCAUGAAGAUGAAAAAACUGGUAGUUUGUACGACGAACAGUUAAUUCAUAACUCGUUAACUAAUGUUAAGUUGUUCAAUAAGUGUUACCUCUAUGGAGGCUCUCAAGAGGCAGAAAAGGAAACUUCUGACUUCAUCAAGAAACAACAGCUGGAUAUAGAUUCCUUGGGAUUGAGCCAAGUCCAAACCGAUGCAAACAUAUCUCCCGAGAAGUUGGAGUCUUUAAUGUCUAAGAAAUUUAGUUCUUGUGAUGACUUAGAGUCAAGAGUUUACCCUUGGUUAACUGGAAAAUUACCAACCUAUACUAGAUGGGAUGGUUCCAAGAUUGAAAAUGAUUUCCCGCUCAUGUGUAAGUAUGUCGGUGAUAACAAGUGCCCCAAGCUUAAGGAAGAUUCACCAGCUUCUUCUACUCUUACUGGUGACAAGUUGUGUUUCACAAAGAUCUUCAGAAAUAAGUUGAAUGGCCAAGGUAUUGGUUUAACUAUCGGUGAUUCACAUUUAGAAAUGGCCUUAAGAUUAAUUAGAUUGUUGAGAUCCUUGGAUAAUGAGUUACCUAUUGAAAUCAUAUACAACAAUCCAAUCUCGCAAGAACUGAAGGAUCAAAUUGUAAAGGCCUCAAGGAAUGAACUUAUAGAUGAAAACGGCAAAGUAUUAAUCCCACAAGAAGUUUGGUUUGUCGAUGUAUCUGCAUGCCUUCACGAUGAUCACUCACGUAGAUUUGGAAGCUAUGGUAACAAGAUUUUGGCAACACUUUUCAAUUCGUUUGCAGAAUUUAUGUUAUUGGACGCUGAUACUGUUGUAUUGGAACCACCUUCAUACUUUUUCGACUUACCAAAGUAUAAACAAUACGGAACACUUUUCUAUAAGGAUAGACUGGCCAUAGAAUACAGAGGUAGACAUGACGUCAAAUUCUUCAGAAAGAUUAUGCCUUCUGAAUUUGAUACUGUUUUCUUUGGCUUUCCACAGAUUACUGGGUACACAUUGGACAGAGAGUUUUUCAAAGGUUUGAAUCACUAUAUGGAAAGUGGUUUGGUUAUGAUUGAUAGGAAGAGGCACUUUACUCAGGCUUUAUACAUGGCGCAAUUAAAUUUCAUUAGACCAGCUAACAGUAGAGUCUAUGGUGAUAAAGAAUUAUUCUGGCUCGCUAUGACCAUUUCAGGAGAUGAAUCGUAUUAUUUUAAUAAGCAUAACGCUGCUGCCAUUGGUUCUAUUACCCCCGAAAUUGAAAGAGUUAAGAGCUCUAAAGUUGGAAAGACUAGUUUUAAGGCUGCAGAGCUUUGUUCCAAUCAUCCAGCACAUAUCAACGAUGAGGAUGAACACAGUUUGUUGUGGUUCAAUUCUGGUUUCAAGUUCUGUGGACAAACUCACAAUGUUGACUUUGAAAAGGAAUUCAGUGAAAAGUCUAGAUAUUUGGACUAUUCAGACUCUAUUGAACAAUUUACCAAGUUUUUCAACGAUAAGCUUGAAAUUACACAAGCAAUCAUUCCUCCAGGAAAUUUUGACUUGGGAAUGGUAGCUAAAAACGAUGAGCAUGAACCUGACAGAGGUUGGGUCAAUAUGAGACAAUAUUGCCAUGGAUACACCUGGUGUGCAUAUUCUCUGAUUGGUGGUAACGUUAUGAAUGAAAUAUCCAAAGAGAUGACCACAAGUAUGCAAUCAGGAUUCCUCAUUGAUUUCAGUAAGGCAGAAACUGCGAGAUUCAAUUAUUUGGGAACUGUUUGGACCAGUUGGUUUGACUUUAGAAGUGAAAAACAGAAGGAGCUUGAUAUUGAAAAUGCCGCAAAGGAAAAGAUAGAGAAAGAAAAGAAGGCUGCAGAGAAAGCCGCAAAGGAAAAGGAAGAAAAGGAAAAGGCUGAGAAAGAACAGGCUGAGAAGGAGAAGGCUGAGAAAGAAAAGAAAGAGAAGGAAGAGAAAGAAAAGGCAGAGAAGGAAAAGGCAGCAAUAGAAAAGGAAGAAAAUGAAGACGCUGAAAAGGAGAUAGCUGAAUUGGAAAAAUCUGCACAAGAAAAGCCCCAAGAGAGAUAG